CCGCGGGGCGCGCAGCGCAGCGCAGCGCGGCGGGCAUGGUGGCGCGGCCCUGAGCGCCUCUCCCGGGUGGGGGGACGGCCCUGGGGCGGCGGCGGCCCGUGCCCCGGCGGGCGGGGGCGCGGGAUGACCGGGGUGCUGGAGAGCCUGGUGCCGGACAUGCACGCCAGUCAGAUCUCCGCCGGCAGCUACCACCAGCACGGCGGCCUGCACAAGCCGCAGGAGUCCCCCACGCUGCCCGUCUCCACGGCCACCGACAGCAGCUACUACACCAACCAGCAGCACGGGGCGGCGGGCGGGCCGCCCUACGGCCCGGUGGGCUCCUACCCCUACGCGGGCGGCGGCACCGCCCCCUACUCCGCCAAGGCCGGCUACGACCUGGGCUACGCGGGCGCCUACGGCUCCUACGGGCCCUAUGGCAGCAGGGCCUCUCCGGCCAACAACGACUCCGCAGAGAAGGAAGACUGCGAACCGGAGAUCAGGAUCGUGAACGGGAAGCCGAAGAAAGUGAGGAAGCCCCGGACCAUCUACUCCAGCUUCCAGCUGGCGGCUCUGCAGCGGCGCUUCCAGAAAACCCAGUACCUCGCCCUGCCCGAGAGAGCGGAGCUGGCGGCCUCCCUCGGCCUCACCCAGACGCAGGUGAAGAUCUGGUUUCAGAACCGCCGCUCCAAGUUCAAGAAGAUGUGGAAGAGCGGCGAGAUCCCGGCGGAGCCGCCCCCCCGACGCAGCGCCUCGCCGCCACCCCCCGCCUCGCCCCCAGCCUGGGACUUCGCUCCGCACCCGCGUACGGCGGGCGGCACCGCCAGCCCCAGCCCCGCCGCCGCCUUCCUCGGUAGCUACUCGUGGUACCCGCCGGCGCCCGGCGGCCCGGCGCACCUGCCGGCGGCCGCCCCGCUCCCGCAGCCGGCGCAGCCCCCGCACCACCACGGCGGCGGCAUUUUCUAGGCGCCGCAGAGACUCGAGCCCGCGGGGCCGCGCCCGACAGCCGCGGGGCACCGAGGUGCAGCACUGGUGGUUUGGUGAAGCCCGGCCUCGGCCGUCCCGGCGGAGAGGAACCGCUCGGUGCGCCAUCCCGUCGCGCCGCCGGCGGUGGUCCCGGUGUGCUCUCGGCCCCCGAGGGGGCCGCCCUCCCGCCGCCAAAAUAACCACGCUACGGACCAAGCACCCGCCUUUCGUCCCUUUUCUUCCGCCCCGGCUUUUUCAUCAAACCACCGGUGCAGAACUUUGGUUAACUUUAUUUUUUAUUUUUUUAAAGUUGAUAGGUGCCUUUGCGGAUGACCUCACUUUGAUGUUGGGGAUUAAAAAAAUAAAAUGUUAAAAAAAAAAAAAAAAGAUAAUUAAUUUUUAUAUGUAGAUUUAAAACAAGAGCCUCCUGUGUUUAAGUUAUCCUUUUCAUUCGUGAACGAAGCCGUGCGGCGAGGUGGGCCGGUGGUAGGCGGCGGUGGCGGCGGGGCUCCCUCCCGCGCGGUGCCUCCGGGCGGGUUUCGUGCCCCGACGGGGUCUCCCCGGGGCAGGCGCUGAGCCCUCCCUUCCGCCCCCAUCGCCGGCAACCCAGCCACUGGUCCUGCCCCUGAGCCGUUUGAUGUCAAGAGUCGUGAAAAAAAAAAAAAAAAAAAAGAGGUAUUUUUGGUUAUUUAUUAUGGAAAACUUAAACACUCUUUAAUGUUUCUUUUACAAUAAGCAGAGAUUAUUUAAAUAAAUUAU